AUGCGAAGAAACGCCCUUCUUGGGGUCCUAGGGGCCUCUGGGCUCACGAGAUUAGCCACGGCCCAAGAGUACGGAAACGGACCCUCUUCAACCGCUGCAGGCGGAAGCGGAAGCGGAAGCGGAAGCGGAAGCGGAACUGGCAAUGGAGGUGGGAAUGGCGCUGGAACUUGUCCUGCUCAUACUAUCUUCGUGACUGUUACUCCGGCCAAUCUUCCCACUGUUGUCUCUACUGUCAUCUCUACUGUUAUUUCUACUGUCACUCCUGGCCAAGGUGGUCCUGGUGGCUUUGGCUCGAGUUCUGGUACCAAUGUCUUUCAAUCUACUUCACCUGUGGCUUGGUCUCCGUCUAGAACGAUCACUAUCCCUUGUUCUACUGAAUUGUCUGGCACUGUUCCCUGGUCUACUGAUUUCCUCACCAUCACUCUACCCCCUGCUCCUAGCAACACGGUUCCCGGCGUUCCCAUUACUUACACGAUUGUCAGCCCUGGUGGUGGUGCUGGUGGACAAGGCGGACAAGGUGGGAAAUCGACAGGAGGCAGCCCUGGAGUCUCAACUAUUCCUCCGGGCCCAUUUGGUAUCUCUUCUUCUCCAGGCCAGUAUCCUGCCACUUACACUGAGACUCUCUCUGGAGGCGUUGGGAAUACUCCUUUUGCUACGAUCACAAUUACAGCUCCAGGGGGCUCACCAAGUGGUGCCGGCCAGGGAGGACCAAAUGGCCCAGAAAGUUCUGAGACAAUUGUUGUUGUCUUCCCUUCACAGACUGCCGGAAGUCCCGGUGGUUCCGGUUCAGGUUCGGGCUCGGGCUCAGGCUCAGGUUCUGGUUCUGGUUCUGGUUCUGGUUCCGGAAGUGGUCCAAAUGGCCAAGGUAUCUCACCAACAGCUGCUACCACUACCCCUUGUGAAUCAACUGGCAGUGCUGGAGGUUCAGGAUCCGAAAGUGGCCCGGGAGGUCAAGGCGUCCCCUCCGAGACCACCAUUUGGGCUGCACCUUCUGAGACUGGUAGCGGUUCCGGUGGCGCAGGUGGCCAGGGCAUUCCACCGAGCAUCACUUUGACUGCACCAGGCGGAUCACCCAGCAACUCUGCCGGCGGGUCAGGCCCUGGAAGUCCUGGGGGCUUUGCAUCACCAACUGGCCCCGCAGGUGGCUCCGGAGGCUCUGGAGGCUCUGGAGGUCCUGGCGGUCCUGGCGGUCCUGGUGGACAAGGUGUUCCACAAACCAUUACAGUAACAGUCCCGAGCGUAUCGCCUGGUAGUUCUGGAACUUCUCCAUGCCCAGAGGGAAGUGGAUCCGGCUCUUCUAACCCGAAUGUCGUUACAGUUACCGGCACAAGCAACGCUCCCGGUGGUGGCGCUGGAGGUCCAGGUGGGCAAGGUCUCCCUUCAACGGUACUUCCAACGAUUACCAUCACUGCCCCCGGAGGAUCCCCUAGCAAUCCUUCUGGUGGACCUGGCGGUUCUGGAGGUUCAGGAGGCGGCAGCAACGUUCAUACUAUCACUCUAACAGCUCCUGGGGAGUCAUCAGGUACAGGAGAAGGUUCCGCUCCCUUUGUAAUCACUGUCACUGGUACCGGAAUUACUCCAGGUGCUCCAGAAACCAUUACUUUUACAGUUCCCAGCGGACCGUCAGGUAACCCUGCAGGUGGAUCCGGAGGUCCCGGUGGCCAGAGUAUUCCUUACACUAUUACCGUGACAACACCAGGACAAUUACCAAGCAACACUGACGAAGGAUCCGGAGGCUCAGGAGGUUACUCCCCAAGCGGCUCUGCAAGCGGGCCUGGAGGUGCAGGUGGUCAGGGCGUUCCCCAAACCAUCACUGUGACAGCGCCAGGCGCAUCGGCAGGUAAUCCUGGAGGCUCUCCCGGAGGUUCCAAUGGCCAGGGUACAACACCAUGCACCACGGGAGAAUCCGGUUCAAUUUCGUACCCGUAUGUUACCACUAUCACCGGCACCAACAUCGGCCCUGGUGGAAGCAAUGGAGGUGCUGGCUCUUCACCAACAGCAAUCACCGUCACUGUUCCCGCAAGUCCAUCAGGAGGUGCGGGUGGCCAGGGUAUUCCCCAAACUAUCACUGUGACAGCACCUGGAAGUCCAUCGGAGGGAUCUGGUAGUGGCAAUGGUGGUAGUGGCUCAUCGCCGCAGUCCUCUGCAGCCGGCGGCGGCAGCAAUGGAGGUAAUGGAGCCAGUGGCUUUCCGCCUACAAUUACCGUGACCGCCCCAUCAGCAGGACCGAAUGGUGGUGCGGGGGGCCAAGGUCUUUCUAACUCGCCGUCUUUGUCAUAUGCCACUCCUGUCGGGUCUGGUGAAGUUACUGUUACUGUUACAAACCCAGGAGGCUAUGGAGGAAACCCUUCAGCACAGCCACCCGCAGGUUCUGGUGCAUCUUCGGUCAAUCCUGGUUCCGGUCAGGGUUCUGGUGCCGGUCAGGGUGCUGGUCAAGGUGCCGGUCAAGGUUCUGGUACUGCUACACUCACUGACUCAGUUCCGCCUGGGGGAUACGGAGCUGGCCAUCCUACGCCUCAAGCUAGCGGAUCAGCUGGGGCUGGAGCCGGAGGACAAGGGGUUUCGAACACUGGCGCAGGGGCAAGUCCUUCGGAGACUAUCACCAAGGUAUCAACCAAACCAGGCGUCCUAACCCACACUGUGACACUUCCCGAACAAUCAGCAACAGAAACCGGGACUCCUCUGGCCCAUAGCGGCUCCAUUCCAUGCGAUGAGACUUCUGGCACUGGUAGGUCGGGAGAUCUUCCAACUGGCACGUUCACCUCUUCACGAACCCCAUGGUCCAUCGUGCCAACCAAUGGGUGGAACGCAACUGCAUCUAGCGCUGACUCUCCUGUAGCCAUUUCGACGUCAUGCACCGAGUCGGAGUCCGUCCCUACGGUGUCCCUUUCGCCCAUGCCCAAUCUACCACCGCCUGUUUCCGCACCACCGGAGUCAUUUCCCGCCGCGACAGCUUCUGAGGUUGCAUCAGAGCUCCCUACCGGUGCUACUGUCGAAUGCAUAUCAAUGACUACGCUGACGAUGUCUUCGAGGACAUUCUCAUGGUGUGCUCAGGUCGCAACAAUAGAGCCAAACGCGGCCCCUACCCAGACUCCCAAUUCUGGAGGCUACGCCUUUUCUGCCCGAGAUAACUUUGAACUUCCUGUCCCCUCUACGUUGUCAACAGUCAUUGUGAGGUCGCCUAGCCUAGCCCCCAGAUCGACCGCUGGCAGUGAGGCUCCUUCGUCAACUGCUUGCGGGAACAAAGCUGAUGUGGGAGACUUUACGCUCAAUUUUGAUGAUCUCCCACCCCUUGGAGUCGGAUCUGGUGUAGACCCUCAUGAUGUUAGCCCGAUGCCAAUGUUGAGCCCACACCAUCGGUUCUACUUCUCGCAAGGAUUCAGCGUCCUCCCCCCACCUCCCACUCCGUUUGUACCAUCUUCUGGAAAUCUGAUGCUCCAAUUUACACCAUCGUCCAUGUCGAACCUGUCUGACCCCGGUGUGCCCCGAGACACAGCGAAGAUUAGUGUUGGACCCCAAGCCUCGUCCGCCUGCUUCUCAUUCAAUCUUAACGGCUUCAGUCUUGGUUGCGACUCCAAGGAUUCUCCUUGCGUUUUCAACUUCACGGGACUGCGAUUCGACCAAGAGUCCCAGCAGGAGAAGGAAGUGUCUUGGUUGACGGUCGAUGUCCCAGCAUGUACUAGCACAGACCAUUGCGAACUUGUUCCAGUUGUGUUCAAGGGAUUUGACAACUUGACAUCAGUCCAAGUCGCCCUCAAGGAGGAUGAGAAGGCCAAGGUCUGGUGGGCAGAUGAUCUCGCCCUUGGAUGGUCCGAUAACCAGUGCGACAAGGCCAUCUGCCGAUCGAAAGUCCGCGAUUCUAUUGGCAAACGUGACGGAUUUUCUAGUAGUCGAAAACCAAGAUCGAGGCUAUUAGACUUUGCUUUGUUCCGUGGUUGA